UGAAAUAAUUACCGAUAGGCAGUCUGGAAAGAAAAGAGGCUUUGGCUUUGUUACUUUUGAUGACCAUGAUCCUGUGGAUAAAAUUGUCUUGCAAAAAUAUCACACCAUAAAUGGUCACAAUGCAGAAGUUAGAAAGGCAUUGUCUAGACAAGAAAUGCAGGAAGUCCAAAGUUCUAGGAGUGGAAGAGGAGGAAACUUUGGUUUUGGGGAUUCUCGUGGUGGCGGUGGCAAUUUUGGACCGGGACCAGGAAGCAACUUUAGGGGGGGAUCUGAUGGAUACGGAAGUGGACGUGGAUUUGGGGAUGGCUAUAAUGGGUAUGGAGGAGGACCUGGAGGUGGCAAUUUUGGAGGUAGCCCUGGUUAUGGAGGAGGAAGAGGAGGAUAUGGUGGUGGAGGACCUGGAUAUGGCAACCAGGGUGGGG